AUGGUUGUACGUGUUAGUUUUGUAGAAUUGGGGAAUUUGAAUAACCUUCUAGAAUUACAUCUCGGUUCAAAUAAACUUUUUGGUACCAUUCCCUCAAACAUAGGAAAGCUAAAGAAGCUGGUUCUUUUGGACCUAGAAUCCAAGAUGCUCAUUGGUCCAAUCCCUUUCUCGUUGGGUUACUUAACCAGUGUGACCUAUUUGUCUCUUGGUUCCAACCUUAUCAAUGGGUCCAUUCCUCCACAGAUUGCCAAUCUAAGAAAACUCAGCUACUUGAGCCUCAAUAAUAAUAAACUCAUUAGUCCAAUUCCUUCAGCUAUGUGUCAUUUAACUAAUUUAGAAACAUUAUUACUCAGUUCCAACAAAUUCAUUGGUUCCAUCCCCGCAGAUAUACAAAAUUUGACCAAACUUGCUUCCUUGGAUCUCAGUCUUAACAGUCUCAGUGGAUCAAUUCCUUCUUCCUUGGGUGGUUUAACCAAUAUGGGAGUUCUCAACAUUCAUUCAAACAAAAUAGAUGGUACCAUAAAUUCUGAAAUUAGAUAUUGUAUACUUUUGGAGCAGUUUGACCUAUCAAACAACAACUUAUAUGGUAUCAUACCGUUUGAACUUACUCUAUUAACCCACUUACAAAUCCUUAAACUUUCCUCAAACAAACUUUCGGGAAUGAUACAUCUGGGUAUCGAAAAUCUUGACAUUCUUUCGGUACUAGACCUGUCGGAAAAUGAGCUGAUCGGACCCAUCCCAACUCAACUUGCCAAUACUUUGGAAGAGUUGUUAUUGAGCCACAACAAGUUAAAUGGAAGCAUUCCCUUUCAAAAUGAUAACCAUAGCUUGCUAACUGCUUUUGACAUCAUUGAAGCAAUAGAGGACUUUGACAUCAAAUAUUGUAUUGGAAUAGGUGGUUAUGGUAGUGUUUACAAAGCACAAUUGUCCAAAGAUAAAGUGUUUGGAGUUGUGGCACUAGAAAUAUUAAUUGGGAGGCCUCCAAGAGAGAUGUUGCCAUCAUUAUUGUCAUUAUCUUCACUAGAAACAAUGCUAUAUGAAGUGUUAGAUAAACGCCUUCCAGUUCCGUAUCAAGUGGUUGCCCAUGGUUUGUUAGCAAUGAUAAAGAAGGCUACGGUGGUGGGUGAUUUACAUGGAGUAGCUGUGUGUAGAAGAGGACUGAAGCUCUCACAUUUAUUCUUUGCAGACGAUAGCUUAAUUUUCUGUGAAGCAUCUCUAAAGGAAUGUGACUCUUUGCAGCGAAUAUAUCAAGUUUAUGAGGCAGCUUUGGGUCAACAACUGAAUAGAACAAAGACAUCAUUGUUUUUCAGCUCUAAUAUGGACACAAGUGUGAAGGAAGAAAUCAAAAAUCGAUUUGGAGCAUAG